CGUUCAGUGCGUAUCCAGCAUCUGAGCACACCAUGUGCUUCCUCUUGCUCGUUUAUCUCCUGUUAUCGGUCACCGCUCAAGACGUUACCACCGAGGAGGUGGAUUGCCAAGUUUACAACCAUCUAUACGUUUGCCUGGCCAACGGUGUGUUGUACAGUGUCUCGUUCGAGGAUGUCAACGCGGUGCAGACUAUCGAGGACAUAGAAUUGCACCUAGAAGGUCUAGGUAUCCAAGACAUAGCCAAGGACGCUUUCGUCGAAGUGGCUAAUUCCUCUGCCCUCUAUAUCCGUGACAAUCAACUCUCAACAAUCUCCAAACAUUAUUUCUCUCCUCUGGAUCAACUGACCUACCUGGACCUGAAGAACAACACCCUCAUCGACAUCGAAGACGGAGCUUUCAUGAAAUUGCACAGUUUAGAAACAUUAUUGUUGGACUACAACAAUAUCACCUCUUUCAGACCAGCCAUGUGGAGAGGUCUAGGCGAUCUUCACGAAUUAUACGCAACGAAUAAUAAUAUCGUACUGAAGAGGAACAUGUUCAAAGGACUCAGACAUCUGGAAACUCUGGCUUUGGAUUCGAACGAAAUCACGGAAGUACCGGUCGGAGCGUUCAAUGGGCUGCCUCAUAUCGAUCUUUUAUAUUUGUCCAGAAAUAAAAUCUCCUCCUUGCAACCGGACGUAUUUCGCGGACUCGGCGAGAUCAACGAACUGGAUCUUGGAAGAAACCAACUGAGAACUAUUUCCGGAGGGAUUUUUCGGUACCUGAAGAACUUGAAUUCUUUAUGGUUGAAUGGAAAUCAGAUCGCCAUGCUCAAGACGGAUAGCUUCGAGGGAUUGGACAAUUUGUUGCUUCUAUUUCUGAACAACAAUGAGCUACGUUUCGUCGACAUGUCCGCGUUCGCUAGGAUGAAGAACGUUACUGUCGAUCCUGGUUUCAAGAUACGUGGAUUGAUCAUGGACAAUGUUUGCAAAGUGCAAGGACGAUUUCGAUGUGAAAACAUAGAAUAUCAAUUGCCUUAUGAGUGCGCUAAGAUAGAACUAUAAUUUUAUAUUUUACAGUAUUGUAUCCAGACUUUUGUAUAAAUUUUGUAUGAUUCCUACGGUGAAAAUAAGCGUUCUUAUUUUCGAUAGUUCUUUAAAUCACGGUUUAUGUAUGAAUGGUUGUAUGAUGUUUGGAAAAUAUAUUAUUCAU